AUGGACGACGGCGUGAAGAUGACCCAGCAUCUGGACAAGUUCGAUGAACUCAUUGUUGGUCUCCAGUCUCUGGAAGAUCCAAUUGACGAAGCGCGACAGCUCGUGGUGUUGCUCAGCAGUCUGCCUGCAGAGUACGAAAUUAUAGCGUCGAUGGUGGAGAACGCCAAGGACGUCACUCUCAUUGAGGUAAAGGAGAAGCUUCUUAAGGUGUAUGAGCGACAGGACAAGAAGGAAGCCACGGAACGCGCGCUAAAGGCUACAACACAUGGGAUCAAGUCGAAGAACGCAAGGUUCGACAAGGGCGGAAGGAACAUUGGACGCAAGGACAACUUCUCGAGGAAAAGAAGUGGGUUCAAAGGCAAAUGCUUCAACUGUGACAAGUUCGGUCACAUGAAGCGGGACUGCCCGGACAUUAAGGGGCCUGGCAAAAAUGAAGAGGAGGCUUUUUUCGCUGCCGGGGAGAGUCGAUCAUGA